GAGACUCGCCUCCAUAUGGGGAGGGGAGAAGGCACGAAGGGGUACGCGGAGAUGAGGACAACGCCCCCCUUCGCCAAGAGACCCACGCGACGCGGGGGCAUGAACCUUGAGCACCCGUCCCUAUCCCUCCCACCCCACCCAACCCAACCCUCGCACCUCUCCUUCGCUCCCCUCCCCUCCCCUCCUCGACUUCGACGCACCCACGACCUUCUACUUCCUCCCCCCCUUCGUCUUUAACCCCCACCCGCUUCUCAAGCACCUCCUCCCAGCGCCGCACCCCCUCCCCGAUCUCCCGAGCUCCAGAGAGAGUGAGCAACGGCAGAGCAAGUCGCCGAGAAGGGCCCCACCCA